GGUAUAUUUGAUCUAGGUAAAUACAAUACACACCUGAGCCGAUACAACUCUGAUACGUGAACGAGGGUCCAGAUAAUCAUAUUUUCGCACAUUGUUGUCGAUAUUCAAGAAAGUAUAUUCAUCCGAAAACCAUUUCUUGACUGGCUCUACGUGAAUCAACUGUGGAUAAUUAAAUUUUUCAUUUUUAUUUCUCAACAAGUGUUACCGGUGUGCGAUUUGUGUAUUACUAAAGUGUGACAAUGAUGAUGAAAUCAAAAAAUCGGCUUCAAUUUCAAAAUUUAGCUGCCGUUUUAUGUUCUGGUUGACUUUGAACUUUUCGAUAGUCUUGAAGUUAUCUAUAAUUCUUUUUUUUCCAACUUUCUCUGAUCUCCCAAAUGCGCAUCCAGGUUUUUUUUAUGUAUAAUCUUAUCAUCGUAUAACACCUACUCCGAUGUUAUAGACGGUCGUUCUAUAGUCCUAUAACGACAAUAAAAAGUUUAAAUAACGAACAAACAUUGAAUCAAAUCUUGAUGCAAUUCAAUUGAUAAUUCCAAGUGUAUCACUUCGCUCGUACAUACUUUGCGCAUAAAUUCUCCGUGUCUUUUAUUUUGUGUUGUUAUCCAUAUUAUAUCGUGUAUAUCACAAUCGGUGAAAAGUUUAGCAAUGGAAAAAAUACUUGAAAAUAAAUUAAUAUAUUGUUAAGUUUUUUUUUUUGUUAUCGGAAUAGUUCGUCAAUGGUGUGGUUUUCAAGAUUGAUAAUACAGUGACAGAGUUUUUUUUUAACAUUAACUUUAACAUAAUUUAUCGAGACCAUGUUAUCCUCUUGGAAAGUUUGCUGUGCGAGGAUACCGCAGAGAUGGGUUGUGGCAGUUAUGGGAUGUUUGGCGGUCACAAACGCGUACACAAUGCGGAUUUCACUGUCUUUGGCGAUAACGGAAAUGGUGAAACACAGGGAACCCUCGUUAAAUUCUACGAAUGAGGAAGUCUGUCCGUCAUCGGAAUCAUCUACUGCCACAUCCAGCAACGGAGGCACCUAUGAUUGGGACGAAUACACGCAGGGUAUAAUUUUAUCGAGCUUCUUCUGGGGCUACAUCAUAACGCAGCUUCCCGGGGGUAUAUUGGCGGAUAAAUUCGGCGGAAAAUACACUCUGGGUCUUGGAAUAUUUUCAACAGCUAUAUUUACACUGCUAACGCCAUUGGUCGUUGAAAAAUUUGACGCGCCGGGGUUGAUCGUCCUUCGUAUUCUGAUGGGACUUGGAGAAGGGACCACUUUACCUGCCGUGAACGUACUCGUCGCCCAAUGGGCGCCUCCGGAGGAACGUUCGAAAAUUGGAACGGUCGUUAUGACCGGCGCACAAGUUGGAACGAUCGUUGGAAACGGACUUUCGGGGGUCCUCAUUCAAAACUCGUCGAUCGGUUGGCCGAUCGUUUUUUACGUUUUCGGUGCCCUCGCGAUCCUGUGGUUCGUUGCGUGGACCUUACUUUGCUACAGUUACCCGGAAGUCCAUCCGUUCAUAACCGAAAAAGAGAGAAAAUAUUUACACGAAACAAUGAACGAGCACACUCAUAGACAGAUUCAACCCACCCCGUGGAAAUAUUUGUUAACCUCGGUACCGCUUUGGGCCCUGUUAGCGGGAAAACUGGGACACGAUUGGGGAUUCUUUACCAUGGUAACGGACCUUCCGAAAUACAUGAGCGAUGUGUUGAAAUUUUCCAUACAAGCUAACGGAUUUUUAUCCGCUUUACCGUACGUUUCGAUGUGGAUGGUGAGCAUCGUAGCAUCUUGGCUAGCCGACUGGCUCAUAAAAAAUGAGAAAAUGACAAGAACGAAUGCUAGGAAAAUUUUUACAACCGUCGGAUCGGUUGGACCAGCUGUUUUUAUAAUCGCUGCUUCCUACGCUGGUUGUGAUCGGACGGUUGUCGUUAUUUUGUUCACCGUUGGAAUGGGAUUGAUGGGACCAUUUUACCCUGGUAUGAUGGUCAACGGUCUCGAUCUGAGUCCAAAUUAUUCCGGUACAUUAAUGGCGAUCAUGACAGCGAUCGGUGCACUCGCCGGGAUCGCCGCGCCCUAUGUAGUCGGCGUUUUGACGCCAAAUCAAUCGCUGGCGGAAUGGAGGGUUGUCUUUUGGAUAACAUUCGUCAUAUUCUUCGUAGGUAAUUUAAUAUUCGAUCUAUGGGCGGACGGUGAAGUUCAAUUUUGGAACGACCCCGCGGUAUAUGAAGCGAGAAAACUAGAGAUCGAAAACGAAAGGAGAAGACGAAUUGACGUGGAAGAUAUUUCGUUGCCGAGAGAGACGAGCCUUGAUAACUCGUGAUCCCACAGUGAUUCGUUCAACAAUUCUCAUAUAAUCAGAUUCUCAUUUGCAAAUAAACUUUGAACAUUUUCAUAAAAAUAAUUCUGCUGCAGUUAGUAAGUUAUAUGGAUAGUACUAGUUCUCUGUUUACUUUUUAUUUCAAUAAAAUCUGAGAAAGAAA